AUGGCCAAUGUUUGUUACAGAUUUAUCCUAGUAUUCUUUUCCAUCGCGUGUUUAAUUCUUACUGCGUUUGCAAUAACGGGCUCAUAUGAAAACAGAUCGUACUUGACUCCAACUUAUCUUAUAAACUUCCAUUUAAAUAAAUUGGAUUUACGACAAAUUAUUAGUACAAGUAUAGGUGACAAUGGGAAUAAUAAAAUAAAGAGAGCUGAUGAUGAUGGAGCUACUGCAACACCAACAGCAACCACCACUGGAUCAAUUGCUUCUAAUGCUCAACAAUGGAUUAAUGCCGCAAGUAGUAUAGCCGGAAACUUGCCAUCUGAUUUUGCUAGUGUUGCUUCUGCUUUGAGUACAAACUUGCCCUCAUCUUUACCCAGCGGUAUGCCAACUAGCGUCCCUAGUGAACUAGCAUCGGCCUUACCUUCAAGUCUCCCUACUGGUGAUAUUGAUCUGACCAUUUCUGCUGCAAUUGCUGACUUAUUGAAUAAUGUAACACCAGAAGAAUUGGGAAUUGCUGAUGUUUAUUCAGUAAGUUAUUGGGGUUACUGUCGUGGGGAUUUAAAGAGUAAUAAAUCCUCAAUAUUUGAUGGAUCAUUGGGAAGAUUAGUUAAUGAAGAUUUUGAUAAUUCAGAUGUCGAUUACACUUGGUGUUCACCUCCUAAAGCUGGAUAUUUUUUCAAUCCUGCCACUGUUAUUAGAGAAGAAUUGAAUAGAACUAUUGAAGGUCAACAAAUAGAUACCCAAUCACUGUUGAUCAAUCUGUUGUCUUCUCAGUAUGUUGAUGAUUUGAAAGUUUUGGUAAACAAUAUUGCAGAUGAGUACUUGAACUUGCCUGGUGAUUUACAAAACGACUUGACUACUUUGAAUAACAUCACCAAAGCAUCAUUUGCCAUGAUGAUUAUUGCUGCUGUACUAUCCUUUAUAUCAAUUGUAUUUCAAGUUAUGGCCAUGUUUCUAUCACCAGAUAAUUGUUGUUUACCAUUCCUCAAUUUCUCCUUACAAGUUGUCACGUUUCUUGCCUCAAUAUUAGCAGCUGGUCUUGCUACUGGUGCUUAUGUGUUUGUCAGAAGAAAGGUUAAUGAUGAUGUAGGAGAGUAUGGAAUCAAGUCCUUUUUGUCUAUAAACUUUUAUGCUUUUGCGUGGUCGGCGGCUGUUUCUGCUUUCUUGGUUGUUGUAUUUAGUGCAAUAGGACAUUGCUGUGGCUGUUUCAGUGGAGAAAGAAGAAGAUAUAGGCAUGUGGCUGCCUAUGAACAUAAAGGUGAAUAUUGA